AUGCUUCAGAGAUCUGUCGACACUUCCAUGCAAGAUGAAGAUGUUCUGGAUAAAGUUUAUGGGAAACCUAUUUACCAAGGGAAUCGCAGCACCCUCAAGAAAGGACCAUACCUGCGCUUUAGCUCACCAUCACCCAAGUCCAAACCUCACAGGCCCAGGAUUCUGGAGACUGUAAGAGGUAUUAAACAGAAGUCUGCAAAAACACAGACCAGUGCUACCGGGUGUAAGGUGACUCUAACCAAGCUGAAAAGCCAGGAGCGCUUUUUGCCCAUGAUGCAAGAGCCGCAGUACUUGUUCAGUCCCACCGGACAGUCCGUCAGCAUGUCUGCACCAAUGGAGGGACACCUCAUCCCAAUGGCAAUUCCUCUAGGAAGAUCACGGUUUGAUGGGGUUUGUCCUUUGCCUUCUUCUGUAACUCUUACCCGACCUCACUCUGUAACAAUUACUACAUCUAUUCCAUCCUCACCGCCAAAACCACAAGCAAGAACCGUCAAGCCAAAUGUGGCAGUGCUAGAAGUUUUAUCAGAGAAAAAAGACCCCCCACAACUCUCAGUCCAGGUAGGCGAUCACUGUCACCUGCCAUGA